CCAGGAGAAUCUACUCUAAGGUGAGUGAUUUAUUUACCAAGUCCCCCUCCCUGAUUGAGCUAUCCAUACGUUCUGAAUCAAGGGGUUCUUUAUAUAACAUCUUAUUAAAAUCUUCCCAUGUUAUAGUGAUAGGAGUUUGCAGGCUUGGAGGGUCUGACAUGGUUCGUAUAGAGAACCCACAGAAUUAAUGUGGGUAACAGUUUAUGAAGAACGACUAGAGAAUAAGUGGCAAUGGCCUGUAGCAUGCAUACCUCCCAUGUGCAAUUAUACUCCCAGUAAUGUGUCUGAGUAUAUAACAGAGCUCCACAACAAUAAAACUCCCAGUAAUGUCUGAGUGUAUAACAGAGCCCCACAGCAAUAAUACUCCCAGUAAUGUGUCUGUGUAUAACAGAGCUCCACAACAAUAAUACUCCCAGUAAUGUGUCUGAGUGUAUAACAGAGCUCCACGGCAAUAAUACUCUCAGUAAUGUGUCUUUAAACUACAAUCAAUGUUUAAAAAUAAUUCUAUGUAAAUAAGAUACAUUGUUCUUGUCUUUAAAUUACAUUUUAGUUCUAUAAAUUAUUAAAUCCCCUAAAAGAUAUCAGAACAGCCCUGGCCACACUCUAUUUAAAGUGUUCCUCUACCCCUUUUGGAAUGUUGGGGGUAUGAGUAAGGCAAGGAGGCAGAGUUCUUCCUGAGGAGGCUAAUAGAUUGGAUGGGGAGGGUUGGGAUAGGCAUAUCUUAUAGUGAGGAGAGGAAGAUUGGCUUAUUAUAGCCAUUUAUAUAGCUCCAACCGAUUUGUAGCGCUUUACAAUAUUAUAAGAGGGGAUUUAGCUAUAAAUAGGACAAUUACAAGAAAACUUACAGGAACGAUAGGUUGAAGAGGACCCUGCUCAAACCAGCUUCCAGUCUAUAGGAGGUGGGGUGUAAAAUACAAUAGACCAGGGGAUAGUAAUCAAAUAAGGUGGGAGUGAUGCAGAGCUGGAGGACAGAGUAGAGUGCUGCCCUUUAGGAGAGAGCAAGAGACAGGUAUGUGAGGUAGAGGUUAGUUGGGAGGCCAUAAGCUUUCCUAAAGAGAUGGGUUUUAAGGCACUCCUUAAAUGAUUGAAGACUAUGGGAGAGUAUGAUGGGGGUAGGCAGGCUAUUCCAUAGGAAGGGAGCCGCGCGCGGGUUGGCCGUACGGGUGCGAGCAGCGGACAAGAGAAGGUCACGGGCAGAGCGGAGAGACCUAGAAGGGGCAUACCUAUGGAUCUGUGAGGAGAUUUAAGUGGGGAUAGAAUUGUUCAGUGCUUUAUAGGUAUGGGUUAGCACUUUGAAUUGACUCCUAUAGGAUACAGGGAGCCAAUGUAAGGACUAGCAGAGGGGUGAAAUGUGAGAGGAGCGACUAUAGAGGAAAAUCAGUCUGGCGGCAGCAUUCAUUACAGACUGUGUGUGUGUCUCAUAAGUGGCUAACCGAUCAAAUAGGGCUGGUGGAUUUAGGCCGCAAGGUGAGGGAAAAAAAUUUAACAAAUGUGUCCGCUAAGGGAGGCAGUGAGAUUGAGCCAUUAACCUACAGGGCACACAGCGGUCCAUCUAUACGACCCAUUGUAAAGCGGUACGGAAUUUGCUGUCACUAUAUAAAUAAGAAUAUACACUGUGAAAGGGCCGAGUGCUAGACAGCUAAACAAGCACAGAUUGCAGAGCAGUUGUGCCCACCGUAAUUAUAAACUGGGUGCAUUUCCGGUCUACGCUUUACCCUGGGGACCUGUGAGUGGGCAGCGCACUCUAUACAUAUACUGGGUGAGAGGGGGUAACAAUGGAUGUGUACUGUGAUGGUGCAAUCUUAGAAUCUUGGAGAAUCUGCUGCAUUUGAUCCCUGGGCCUCUUUAUUCCCAAACUAUAGAACUGAAUGAAAAGGGGGGGAAAAAAAUCUGUCUAGUGAAAGGAGAACAAAGGCUGCAAAGAAAAGGGGGGAAAGAGUUAAAUCUUUGCACAGUUCUCUCCCUCUCUCCGAUUCCCAAGGAAGGUAAAUAGGGAUUUGGGGAGAUUAAGGCGUCCCCUUUUUUGUAUCCCAUAAUGCCAUGCUCUUGGCAAAUUUUCAGUGUAUUCUUGGCUGUGCUCCCAGCUCCCUCUGACUGUCUCCAUUUUACAGCUUGCACAGUUCGGAGCUCUCUGACCGUGAGUACUCUGGUUCAGCGACCCCAGGGACUCUGUGUGCACCGUGUUUGAGCUGGUACGGGGUGAUAAUUCUGUCCAAAUGCUGGGUCCGGUUAGACUGGUGGCAUUACAUGGAGAAACAACCUAUUCUUUGUCUCUGACUCUUUCGCUCUCUGCAUAAAUCUUCUGUUGGUGAGGGACACGUCCCAAAAUCACAACUCCCCUCAUGUAUGACCACCGAGACCACUUACCCAAAUUCUGUUUAAUGCCCCCUUAGAAGAGGAGUGUUUAUAUUGGCAGUAAGAGAAAAUGUGAAAAGGAGCCAAGUAUCUUUUCACUUAGAACUUUUUUUGCGGGGGGGGGUAAAAAACUAUUUUCUUUAAACUCACUAACUUUCCUUCAUAGGGACACGCUGUCCUUUUUCUCAUGUACAAAGGUCAUAGCGGGCAAGGGAACCUGACAGAUUUGGCAAAGGUGCUGGGGGUGGAGUAAAGUUUUGUUAGAGGACCUGACAGUGCCGCUCUCUGGACGGUGGUGAGGCUUGCAAAAGAGAAAUUUAAGACCCUUAGCUGUUUCACAUUGGUCCCUAUCUGCAGUGCUGUGUUUGCACACCAGUGGCUAUUUUACCAAGCCCAUGAUCACUUGUGCCCACCCUAAAAACUACCAGUUCUAUAUAUGGAUGUACUUGUGGACUAAGCUUCUAAUUGAAUGCUGGAGAAUGAAAGUUAUGAAUUACAGGAAAAUAUAACUUUAUUAAAUGCAGAUUUGCUAAAUGUUCCCCUUGAGGGCUAGAAUAUUUUAUGAGAGAUGAACCUACCUCUGGUACCUGAAUGGCAAUCUAUGCUACUCCAGUUACCAGACACAUGUUUACCUCAUAUGACCGAAUUUAGCCCUGUGAGAUCUAUCUAUAUGUUUGCACGAGUUGACAUUUGUGCUAACUUUGAUAACAUUAGAAAAGAAUGGCGACUCAUUGGUGUAUUACAGCUGGAGGAAAAAUACUACCGUCUGCACGAACUCUAAAGGGUUAAAGCAGAAAAGAUCAGAUUUUUACUUGCGUUAUGAAAACUGAUCCAUCUCGUAUACAACCGCCAAGUAUUGUGACAGCCUGUAAUUCCCUCUAUCACUGUGUGUAAAGAAUGGAGUACCUGAUCUACCAAUCUCGGUUGGUGUGUUCAUAGAUGGGCAGCAGAUUCUUAACUGUUAAAACUCCCUAUUUGAGCGGUUAUGGUCUGGAAAGCACCGUAAAUAUCCCAACUGCUAAACCUUUAUUUUAGCCAAUUACUGACAGCAAAUGUUUGUUUCCAUUCAGAGCCAGCCUUGGUUUUAGACUGCAUUAGUAGGGGCACCAACAAUGAGGGUAGCGCUGUAUAAAGCGUAUGCACAAAUUAGUCCUGAUUAACCAUUUAUGCACCCUGUGUUUCCUUCUAGAUGAUGUCUCUUCGUGUCAUGCGUUCCUCUCUGUUGAGCAGGGUUAAGCUCCUGGGUAUCGCUGGUGUCCGAGCUGCUCACGGACACGAGGGGCAUGGUAAGCUACCCUCCUGACUCUAACAGGGGUACUCACUAAUGUGAAGGCCAGACUAGUCAAACUGGAUAAAAAGCCAGCCAUCAAACAGCCUAUGUAAACAUGUAAUGGCCCACCGCGUAAGGUGAAUGCUUUGUUAAAUGAUGUACAGAAGCUCAUAUCAAAAUACUGCAGGUACCCACUACCCCCAUCAAGAAAAUCAUUAAACAUUUUAGCAAUGCCCCCCUUUUUCAUAUGGCAAACUUCCAUCCCAAAAAGUUAUUUAAUAUAUAUAUUCUACAUCUACACAAAACCAAACCUUGCAACUAUUCUACUGUCCAGGGUUAGAGCUAUAAGAUAUGCGCAAGCAGCCAAAUGAUCUUAAUGGACUCAAACAAUUCUUCAAUCUUAAGAUAUGGGCAAAUUAUCUGAGAGUCCCCCGUAUUACUAAAAGUAAUGUCCUUUUAAACUGGAUGGGAUAAUACAGGGCUUGACAAAUUUGCUUAAAAUCUAGGAGCCAGCUAGAAACGUUAGGAGCCAGAGACAUCAACGCCAAAAAUACAAAGAGACCCUCUAGUCACCAGAACCACUACAGCUUAAUGUAGCUGUUCUGAAGGCUACAUCCUGUCCCUGAACGCUUUUCAAUGUAAACACUGACUUUUCAGACAAAAGGCAGUUUCCAUUGCUGCCGGUAAAACCUCAUUGUGGUCUUCACAAUGUGGAGCACCUACGUUAAUAUUCCCUAUAGAGAUGCAUUGAUUCAAUGCACCUCUAUGAGAAGUUAAAUUGGCACAGUGGCAUUUUGCUGUGCAUGCGCAAUAGUCUUCAAAUGCUUUCCUAUAUGAAGAUUGAUAAUCUCAGCCAUGGAGGUAGGGCCAGCCGAAGCGUCCUCAGCACGGCGUGGGGAAAAAGGUAAGUAAAAACCUCAUGUGACUGGAGGGAAGACACACCCACAAGUAAUUAAUUAUAUAUAUGCCGAUUAUAUUUUUUUUUUUUUUUUAAUCCACCCAGCCUCCUUACUGCUGGAGGGGAUAGGCUUGCCUUUGGGUCCAGUGGGGCUGCUGUCAUCUCCCUACUCUGCUCCCUCUCGCGCACUGUUAAGUGAGCCGCGGGCCGGAGUGACGACCUAACCCGGCAUCACUGCAAGCCGCGCGGGGGAGCAGAGCAGGGAGAUUACAGCUCCCUCAGCUCUCCAUGGGCUGGCCGCCCCCCUCCCUCAGCAAUAAAUGAGCCGGCCGCCCACCUCCUUCUGUCAGCUCUCCAUGAGCCGGUCGCCCCCCCUCCCUCCCUCAGCAAUACAUGAGCCGCCUUACCUCUCAAUGAGCAGGCCGACCACCUCAGUCAGCAGCCUGCCUCAUCCUUUCUCUGCUCUCAGGCAGCCAGUCACCUCAGGGGCUGAACAGGCUCACAAAUCUCAGGCGCCAAGACAAAUUUCCUGGUUGCCAUGGCGACCUGGCACCUAGGAUUUGUCGAGCCCUGGGGUAAUACUCUUCAUGGUUCAUUUUUACAGUAUUAUAUAUAUUUUUUUAUUUUUUUUUUAAAGUAACACGAUAGUCACCUAAAUUACUUUAGCUAAAUAAAGCAGUUUUAGUGUAUAGAUCAUUCCCCUGCAGUCUCACUGCUCAAUUCACUGUCAUUUAGGAGUUAAAUCACUUUGUUUCUGUUUAUGCAGCCCUAGCCACACCUCCCCUGGCUAUGAUUGACAGAGCCUGCAUGAAAAAAAAAACUGGUUUCACUUUCAGACAGAUGUAAUUUACCUUAAAUAAUUGUAUCUCAAUCUCUAAAUUGAACUUUAAUCACAUACAGGAGGCUCUUGCAGGGUCUAGCAAGCUAUUAGCAUAGCAGGGGAUAAGAAAAUCUUAAUAAAACAGAACUUGCAAUAAAGAAAGCCUAAAUAGGGCUCUCUUUACAGGAAGUGUUUAUGGAAGGCUGUGCAAGUCACAUGCAGGGAGGUGUGACUAGGGUUCUUAAACAAAGGGAUUUAACUCCUAAAUGGCAGAGGAUUGAGCAGUGAGGCUGCAGGGGCAUGUUCCAUACACCAAAACUGCUUCAUUAAGCUAAAGUUGUUCAGGUGACUAUAGUGUCCCUUUAAGCUUCAGGGUAAUAUUUUUACAUGGCUUGGAGGAUAUUGAAAUAUGAUUCGUCCUCCCUCUUAUUCCAAUCUACAGCACGCAGUACUCCUAUAUUGAACCUCAGCCACUCUAGCAUGUUUUAUCCUAGCAGCCUCAGAAAGGGUUUUUUAUUUUUUUAUUUUUUUCCCUCUCUUCUGAAGAACAAAGUGUUGUUGGGGAUUUUAAAGGGGAACUAUCACUUCUAUGGAAAUUAUGCCAUUGGCUAUAACCUUGAAAAGCACCUAUAACUUUAUUUUAUUUUCCUUCUAAAUGUAGAAUUCCCAAUGCAGUUCAGUCCUGGCAAAACCAGGGCACACAAGUAUUACAUGAGGGAGAUGGGAGCACUUUGUUGGGUAAAGGCUAAAUACAGCAACGUGGAUUUAUACACUUUCAUUUUUCACGCCUCACACACACCUCUUGUAAAAGAAAUACUCUAAGUACCAUAACCACUACAGUGUGCUGUAGUGGUUAUUGUGCCAGUUUCCUCCAGCACAGCCUGAAGUUAAAUUGUUUGAUGCCUGUCACAUAGCUGCUCUGCUUCUGGACAGAGCUGGUAGGGUAAAGCUAAAACUCGUACUCCCGCAUUAUCAUGCCAAGUCUUAGAAAGUUACAAUAUUUCUCAUUGGAUGAGUCAGCUGAUUUUGAGCAUUUAUUUAUUUUAUUUUUUUUCAAUGGCAGAGAAACAAGGGGACUUGUGGCACCAUAACCACUGCAGAGCACAUUCCUUUUAAUAUAGGGUAUAAAUCAACCUAAUGAAAAUCCUGGGAGGUGAGUUUCCCUUUAACUGAGCAGUACCAAUUUUUAUAACUCUGUAAUGGUCUGGAUCAGGGAUGGGCAACCUUUGGCACCCCCAUGAUGCUGGCAAGCAUCAUGGAAGGUGUAGUUCAAAACAUCUGGAGUGCCAAAGGUUGCCUAUGCCUGGUCUAGAUGGUGCAAAUAUCCCCAAUCUGAAGAAAUUCUCAAUUGAACAGUUGCUCAGGAGGUCCACUUUGGACACCACAUCUCAAGGUACCUGAUGGUCUCUUUAAAUCUCUGAUAAGCUUGUUGCUAAAAUUCUAACUUAUCUGCUUUCUUGUUUGUCAGUGUCUCACCACCCAGAUGGCUCCGAGCCCCUUUACUAUGAUCACCGGGCGUUCCCUUUGCCAGACAUACCCUUUCGUAAGGAACUGAGCUCCCAUCAGACAGCGCUAAAGGAAAAAGAGAGAGGAGCCUGGAAGCAACUGAGCCAAGAAGAUAAAAUUGCACGUAAUUAACACAACUCCUGUUACUGUAGCAUUUACCUCUUUAUUUUAACUGACCUUAUCUCGAAAAUCUCUCUCCUUACACGCUCAUGGACUUUCUGUCUGACAGUUUACCGCAUCAAGUUUGACCAAAGCUACGCAGAGAUGAACAAACCUUCCAACGAGUGGAAGACUGUGUUUGGGGGAAUUUUUAUUUUGUUUGGUAUAACCGGAUUUGUCGUGUGGUGGCAGAGUGUGUACGGUGAGUGUGGUUACCGGGAGGUAUUGUGGCUAACUAUUUUUAGUCUAUAAAAAAAUAAAUGUGAAUUCUUACUGUCUCUUCUGCAGUGUACCCUGCAAAGCCACACACCUUGGACGACGAAUGGAAGGCAAUGCAGAUGCAAAGGAUGCUGGACAUGCAUAUUGGGCCAAUCCAAGGCUUCUCCUCAAAGUGGGACUACGAGAAGAAUGAGUGGAAAAAAUAGGCUGGGUUUCCUAUUCAGAGGAGGGAAAUUGGGGGAGGGGGAAGCCAGUCGGGUAGAGGGAGGUUUGUUGGGUAAACUAAUAUCAUUGAAGUGGCGUUCUAUCUCCCAAAGGGAAAAAAAAAAAAAAAAGUUAAGGUACUAAGACCUUGUGCUACAUCCAUGUGAUCCCCUGCUAAGGAUUAUGGGAGUAGCAGUAGCUAUAGAACCAUGGGCCUUGCUACUCCUUCACACACUCACACUGAUACAAUUAUCAAGAUCACUGUACAUCCACUAAAACGCACUGCGCAUGUUUGCCUGUUCCCAUCAGCCAUAUAUACAUUCUCUCUAGCCACCAGUAUACUGGCUUCUACAAUGUCACCCUUCGUGAACCCGUCCAUGCCAUGGUUUGUGUAUAAAGUGGUUUAAUAAACUGGAGUUUAAGACUA